AUGGCGACCCUGAAGCCCAGCGCGGGGGAUCUCGAGCGGUAUCUGAAGACCUUCAAGGGGAAGACUUUGGAAGCGUCAAUCGACAGUCUCAUCUCGCUCUUGAAGAGAAGACAGAUCCAGGGCUCCGAGCUCUGCGCCGUCGCGACCGCACACAUACUCCUCCAGGUCGUUGCCAAGGCAAAAUGGAAUGACGUGGAUUCGUUGCUGGAAAAGGUCCAGCAGGUCGGCUUGCGCCUCAUCGCUGCCCAGCCCAAGGAACUGGUGGUCGGCAACAUCGUUAGACGCGUAUUGAGCCUGAUCCGAGACGAGGCUGCUGAGGACCGAAACGAGGAUUUCAGCGAGACCGCCACAGAGGCAGGAGCGACGCCGACAACAGCGGUGCCGGACCCUUCUAAGCUGGAGCACCAAUGGCCUCCCUCUACCUACACCAAGCAGGAUGCCGGCGCAGACUACAUCUCGAGCGGCCCGAGACUUGUUCGCCCUGGAGCCCUCACAUCCACGAGCUCUUUCCACGUUUCCAAGUCGCUCUUCUCUCUCCUCGAGGCCUCUCCCCCGAUGGACGCCGCCGGCAUCAUGGCGGGCUCGCCGUUCGGCAAGGACUCGGGCGCCUCGACUCCACUCCGCGGACAGUCGACCAGGGUACACGCUCUGAGAUCGGAGGUAAUUGAGGGUAUCGAAGAACUCAAGGACGAGAUCGGCCAGGUCGACGACCAGAUCGCUGCUGCUGCAGAUGUUCAGAUCCACCCCGGCGACUACGUGCUCGUGCACCAGCCCUCUGCUACGGUUCAAAAGUUCAUCUUGCGCGCCGCGACGAGGAGAAAGUUCACCGUCUUUAUUGCUGCCGGAACCGUUCGCAACUCGGCCAACGAGGCACCUUAUGCGUCGUUCAGGAAGAAGUUGGGGGCCGCAGGCAUCGGCGCCAUCAGCAUCUUGAAUGGUGGCUUGAUGGCCUACAUGCCACGUAUCAACAAGGUCAUCUUAAGCGCAAGAGCCGUUCUGGCUAAUGGCGGCAUCCUGACGGAUGCGGGAGCCGGGGUCAUUGCUCGUGCAGCCAAGGAGCAGGGCAACCCGGUAAUCAUCCUCAGCGGUGUUUACAAGCUCUGCCCAGAGAGCUACUUUGACGAGGAGAGCCUGGUGGAAUGGGGCAGCUCCAUGGGCCAUGUGAACUUUGCAGACGGAGCCAUGGUCAACGGUGUCGACGUUCGAAGCGCUGCCAGCGAGUUCGUGCCUCCCGAAUUGCUCGACACCUAUAUCACCAACCUCGGCGCGCACUCUCGCAAUCACCUGUCAACCAUCAUCGCAGACCACUACAAGCCGGAGGACGUUGACUUCCAUCUGUGGAGCACCGAGGCUGACCGAUGA